AGUUCACAAAGCGUUUCUGUCCGUGCAAGUGUUUUUUGUUCUUUCACGCGUUUGUCACCCAGCAGUGCAGUGAGCAGUGAAGUGUUGAAAACUUGAUGCGUGGAUUCAUGAUGGCUCAAAAUCAUAUGCCGAUGAAAACGGAGAAGAGGCAAGGGAAACGGCUGUGGGUAUUCGGUUAUGGAUCUUUGUGCUGGUACCCUGGGUUUCCCUACGAAAAAGAAAUCGCGGGCUACAUCAAGGGUUUCUCACGACGCUUCUGGCAGGGUAAUACGGCCCACCGGGGUCGUCCUGGCAAGCCGGGGCGAGUGGCCACAUUGGUCAAGGAGCCAGAAGGUGUAACAUGGGGUAAAGCAUACGAGCUGAAGGAUGAAAUUGCCUAUGAGUAUUUGGAGCAACGCGAAGGUGCACUGGGUGGCUACACGCACGUGCUUACUUGGUUUUGGCCCCUGGAGGACAGCACAGUCAUUGCAGAGCAGGUCCAAGUUAUGGUGUACAUGGCAACUCCUGACAGCCCGCAAUGGUUGGGGCCAAUUGACCUCUCAACACUUGCUGCACAAGUGGCCAGGAGUCAAGGAGCUGCUGGACACAAUGCUGAGUACGUCCUGCGCCUUGCAGAUUUCAUGCGCGUCACAUUCCCUGCCACGAAGGAUGACCAUUUGUUUGAGCUCGAAGCUCUUGUAUUGAAAGAGCUGGAGCUCGAAAAUGUAUCCAUUAGCGAAGUGAUGAAUAUGAAACACAAGAUUGACCCUGCUGCAUCAGCAUUUCAAGCGGCUAGGGAGGAAAAGGAGAAAGUCUUCCAACAGAAUGACACUCAGCGAAAGCUCAAUUUGCAGGCUAUUGACACACACUGCAGUGGCUCACGGUGUCUUACUUUGUGAUAGACCGUCUAUCAAUUCCGCAAUGCAAUAUUCACGCACAUACCACCCUGUGACUGCCGAUAUAGGUGCUCAGGCUUGAACGUGCCAUUUACUUCUAUACCCUCCUGCAUAACCGUCCUGAACUAAUGAUGCCCCAAAGUCUGCGAAAAAUGUGAAAAUCACUUCUUUUUGGACUUAGGACUUGCUUGGAUAACGUCCUCUGAACACAUGUUUCACGUUUUUUAUCCACACAUUUGAUUUUUGUAGAAUGUCCGAAAAAAGCUAAAUAUAACAUCGGAUGACGGAUGAAUCUUUUUAUCAUGAAAGAUGCCAGCUUAAAACUCGACUUACAAACCUCUCGUAUGAAUGAGAUUUUUUAGUCGAUACAUUAAUCCAAUUGUACAAACACAUGUUUAGGUGCGUCAAUGUGUAACAUUCCUUACCGAAUGACCCAUUUUGAGUGGCUAUGGCGGGAUCAAGAAGUUUCCGAAUUCAUUAUUGAGUGGCCUUUAUUGGGAUUUUGCCGGGUGCAAUAACCCUCACGUAUGCCUCGAGUGCAGCACCUGCACUAAACCCUCACAUUUAGCUUUAGAUUUUGCAUCCGAUUUUUUGUACACUGUUUAAUUUUAAGCUAUUUUGGAAGAGAAGUUGAUGCACACUGGAUAUAUACAGCAUCCUUACAAGGAACACUUCCUGAGCUUACAGUGCAUGUGAUACAUUCUCUUGUUCAAUAGUGACCGAGUCUUCCGAACUUCUGGGGGAAAAAAAGAUCCUCUUCCAAUUGAAGUACAUUGCAGUACUUUCACGCUCAUUAUUCAAGUGCGAGCGAUUCCUUAACUCUCCAGAAUUACUUCAGUGUUGCUUUCCGAAGUUCCGUUUGUUGUGGAUCGCAUUGUAUUUUUAUGCCUGCCGGAUAUAACCACAUUUUGGAAA